GCGACUACUGCGAGGAUGAGCACACACCAGUCCACACACUCCUCGCUACCCUCCAUUGGGCCUUCGGGCUCGCCCACGUCGCCCACAGCUUCCGAGAGGGGCUUCUCGGGCACGGCCAGCCUGCAGAACAGCAAAUUGAGCAUCAACUCCAAGCCACAGUCCCCGCAGCCGCCGCCUCUGCCGGAGGAGCCGACAUUCCUGGAGAAAGCGAAAUUUUAUACAUCACUAUGUUUAGGAACUACAGCAAUUUUAUCAGUGUUUGCCUUCCUCUUUUUGAUACCAUUCGUCGUGGAUCCGGCAAUCUCCACGAUUGUCGCUGACUACGAUCCCAUUCCCGUGACCUGUAUCGUGGUGGAUCACUCGUACGCCGAGGGAUUGAGGAACUGCACUUGGAGCUCAUGCAGAGAAGGAUGCACAACGGCGCCGCUCAAAUGUCACCAAUUGCUGGUAAAUUACACUAAGAUUCCGUGGCACGAGUGGCAAAAGGAGCCAAGAGACAUCACAGAAGUGACAUGGGAUGUGGGCGACACGAGAUUCCUUGUGAAUUCCGAGGGGUGCGGAUAUCCGCCCCGCGUCAACUGCUCAGAAUUUGCCAAACAAUUCGGCUUCUCCCACAUGGGUGAGCCGUUUCCGUGCUUCUACAGCCGCGCAUAUCCGGAAAUUGUCAUCUCACGAUACUCCUGGGAGGACAAUCUCAAGCACCUGAUCCUCUCCCUGAUCAUCCCCAAUGUCCUCUUCGCCAUCUCGAUUGGCGUCCUCAGCUAUUGGUAUUGUCCGUGCUGUGAUAAGGCAUGCCACAAGUCAACUAGAAUCUACGCAGAGAAAUUUCCGACCAAGGAAGACAAACUGUUAUGUCGCAGUGAUGAUGAGGAUGAUGAAUUGGAUUACUAAUAAAUUCAACUCAAAAAAAUCUAUGCGCAAAAACUCUAAAGCUUUUCAUCGAUUUUCUCACUUCAGUCACAUAUAAUUGAGUUCCAUUGAAUUCCCCGAAUUCUGUUCACGCCAUACAAUAGUUAUUAGUCAAACAAAACAAAGUGUUGUUAAUCAUUUCAUUCUCUCCAAAUUGAUUGUUAAAUUCCGCCAUCUCUUUCAAUAUCACACGUAAAUGCAAAUGUUAUUGAAUGUUUUUAUGACAAAUGACAGAAAAUUCUUAAAGAGUUCUUUAGUACAAAAUACCAAUGCAAGAAGUGCACAGAUUUAUAAGUUUUCAAAUCAUGCGCCAAAAUCAAUCACGUAAGAAAUUCAACUGGAAGUUGAAAGCCAGACAACAUUUUACGUAUGUUUUCUUUUCAUUUCUUUUCUUUCUUGUAGUUACUAAUUUUCAAUAAACGGACUUUGGCUCGUGGAUUGUAUUGAAUACAAAAUGAUAACAUUUAACGAAAUCAAAAUCACAUCACCCACUAUGUCUCAUACACAAAAUGUUCAUUUCUUGUUUCUAAUCUCUGUGUUAUGUACAUAAAAGAUGUCAGCAACUACUUGUAAGAAAAGGAUAAAAGAAUAUUUGUAGAAAAUAUUGCUGAAAGUACCACAAUCACACCAACAAUUCACGUCGAAAUCUGUCUGAAAUUUUGUAUUUUGUCUCUUGUGUUCAGUUCUCUUUACCUUUUCACAAGAUUGAUUGAUACAAUUUUGAUUUUCUUUUUAACUCUACAUCAAACGACAACAUCACACAGGUUUACAAUGGCUUUUUGAGAUCAUCUUUCUCAAAACAUUAUUUUAGGAAGUAACUCAGAAAAAGAAUUCAAGAAAUACUACAAAACAAUUAAAGACAAGUUAAUAAUGCCUUUUCUUUAAAGAAAAAAUUGUAGAAAGAGAAAAGAUGUGAGGAAAAGCUACAAAUUUCUCCAAUAAUCGCAAAAAAGAAUUUUGAGCACUAUUAAUAUUUCUCUUAUUCAAUAAAUAAAUAAAUAGUUAGGAGAGUCGGCAUAUUUGUGAAAUUUGCUUUCAAAGAUUAUCGUAUGUAUUAGAUUAUUUAUCUCUAAAUUCUUCAAAUACCAACAACAACCAAUUCCAAUGCGCAAUACAAUAAAAUGUAAAGUGAGAUGAAGAUGAGAAUAUUUCGAGUUCGACAUGAUGCCUAUAAAACUACGAAUUAUAAUAUUAAAGUCAUUCAAGAGGAAGAAAUCUGCAAGCGUAUGAAAUUUUCCCUCAAGCAAAGUGGCUAAUUGAAUAAUAAAUUACAUAAGAUGUGAAUAUUUCGAGAUAAUUUUCCGUUCUAUUAACUAUGCAGGGCUGUUAUCUAUUUAAAAAUGCAUCUCUAUAAUAUCAAUUUCUCUGUUACAACACACAAAAUAUAUCGUAAGCUUACAACCAAUGGUUUAACUUUCUGUUUAUGAGUGUCUUUCUUUCUCUCUUAAUGGGAAAAGUAAGGCGAUUUUGUAUCUUUAAACCAAAAGUGUUAUGUAUAAUAUUGACGAUGAGAAUUACACUGUGAAGGGAUAAAAUUUUUGUAUACCAUGCGACGUUAAUUUUAAUGAUUCUUUGGAGGAACAUUUUCAGAGCAUACAAUUUGUUAACUUUGAAAUAAGCGCUGAAAUAAAUU